AGCUGUUGACCUUCCAGUGUUGGCAAACGCCACGCAGUCAAAAGCAAUUCAUUUAGCUGCCAUUGCUGGCAAGAAAAAAUUGAAAUUAGAUGAUAAACAAGCGUUGAAAGCAAAAAAAAGGAAAUAAGCCUCGCGACUGGAGGCAACCUCUUGAACUUGUGUGUGUGUGUGCAUGGGAUGAAGCCCUGUUUUGUGUGAAAGUGCGUGUGUGUGUGUUUACCCGGGGACGUGCGAGUAAUAAACUGGAAAAGUCAACGAGGCUGCUUGCGUGCCAUUUUUUUCCUCACUUUCGGGUCAACUGGCCAUCUAAUUUGCAAGAAAGGUUUGGCAUCUACGUACCCGCACGCACCAGCAAUGUCCUCCUCCACCAACAGUCUUGUGGAUGUUGUGCGCCAUUACCAGCGCAGCAUCGAAAAGCAUGGCGAGGACGAAAAACGGCUGUUGCACUGCGUUACCAAACUGUUCAAUCUGCCGAUCAAAUUCGAGCACUUGCAGGAGACCGGCAUUGGGAAAACCGUGAACUCCCUGCGGAAAAUCAACGGUGAGGUUGGUGUUGCGGCCAAAACUCUAGUCACCAAAUGGAAAGCCAUGGUGGUGGCUGUGGAGGAACCAACUCCAGAACCAGCCACCGAAGAGGAAUUAGCCAAGUCUAACGGACGUCGUCACAGCGACGAGGAUCCAGAGCAGGAGAACAAGGGCAGCAACUCGUCUAUUGGCGAAGAUGCCAAUGGCAGCACACAUCGGAAGUCCAAGGAGGAUAGCUCCAAGAGUUCCAAGCGCGAGAAGAGCAAGAGUCACUCCAAAAGCAAGUCUGGAGACGAGAACAAGCACAAGCACAAGAGUAGCCGGCAUGAAAAGAAGGACAAGGACAAGAGCAAGGAAGCAAAGGAGUCGAAAGAGCCCAAGGAGACAAAAGAGCCAAAGACACACAGCGAAAAGAAAUCAAACGGCGAGCACAAAUCCAAGGAUUCAAGCAAAUCCAGCAGUAGCAACAGUGGUCACAAGAGCAGCAAAUCUGAGGGCCACAAAGGCGAGCAUAGCAAGUCCAAGCAUGAUAAGGACAAGUCAUCCAAAGAGUCAUCCAAGCAUAGCAAACAUAAGUCAUCAUCUUCAAAGUCAGGCAAGCGUUCCCACAGUCCGACGCGCACCGAGGACGAUACGCAAAAGGCCAAGAUACCAAAAAUCAAAGCCAAAUCCGAGGAAGACUCUGCCGAUGGCUUCGAUUCCAGCAUGGGGGCCAACUUUGACGACGUACUCGGCAUGCUAAACGUGCCCAUAAGCAGCAAGAAAAGCAGUCACAGCAGUAGCAAGACUAAGUUGGCCCCGAAAACGACGCCAGCGCCAGCCUCAUCUUCUACCUCAAGCACCCCUCAAGCAUCAGCAACCUUGGGAACCACCCCUACCAUCUCAAAGCCAACUUCCACCAAAAAACCUGAGCUUCUGGCUCCCACAGCCAAACUAGAGCCCUUGGAUCCUAGCAUUGCCCUGGAAUUGCCCACCAUUUCCAACAACUACAAGCCCAUGCCCCUGAAUCAAACAGUAAUGGAUGUGGUAUUCAACCAGGGUGGAUCUCAGAGGCCACAGCCCUCGCGGUACUUCAAUGAAUCCGAAGCGCUGGCUCAGGGAAUCUCUUCCAAAACGAUGCGUACCAAGAUCUAUUCAGGUGUCAGAACCGGACAAAUUCUGCAGGUGCCCAGUCUUUUCAAUCUGUGCAUACGUGUUCUUCAAAAGAACAUUGAUGGACUGGAGUUCACGGGUGGUGUGCCCUUUGAUUUGCUCCGACCGGUUCUGGAACGCGCCACGCCCCAGCAACUGCUCAAUUUCGAGGAGUACAAUCCGUAUUUGAUGGACGACAGCGAUGUCCUGUGGAAACAGCACGUCCAGCGACACUGUCGCAGCCAGCAGCGCGAGGAGAUGGAAACGUGGCGCGAAAUGUUCCUGCGCUGCCAGGAAGAGAAGGAGCGCAAGCUCAGCAGCCUGGCCGAAAGCAUCAAGGCCUCUCAGAAGAUUAGCGAGGCUCCGGUGCGAAAGACCCAGCUGGCUUUUGUAGACUCAAUGGUCAAACCGCCGCGCAGUGUCCAGCGAAAGCAGGAGCAGUACGGCACAAGGGGCAAGCUGAUUGCCACUCCGGCCGCCCGAGUGGCCUCGCUCUCCAGUGUCACUCCCAAUGCCGCCAAGGUGGGAGAUGCUCGGCUGAGGGUCCUGGCCGCUGCCCGAGACACAGCGCAAGUCGCUGCCGCCCCAAUGCGAUCCAAAAAGGCACCUUUGAUGGCCAAGACCCUGCAGUUUAUGCGAGGAAGACACAAACGAUAGGAAUGCCCCUCUAUGGUGACAAUGUUGAGAUGCUCAUUUACUCGUUAUAGCUACAAUCUUAUACUCAAUUUAUUCAUCGCCAACAACAGGAGCACCCACUCCCAUUGCGUACUACAAUUUAUUUAUUAUUUAUUGUGUCUCCUAUACAGAAUCAUUAUGAAACCUAUAGUAUAGUUAGUUUUAAGUGGAAAGUAAGUACGUUAUUGUUUGAUCGGAAAACUCAUCAUAGCUCAGACAAUAUCGUUUAGGAACACUUUCAAUAAUUCAGGUUUAAAGUUGCAUCCUGUUUGUAUACCGUAUUCGAGUAGAUUCAAGUAGCAUGUAUGCGGAUCAGGCUCCAUCUAUCUUAUUAUAUUAAUUUAGUCUAAGUAUCAUGUUUGUCAUUGUCCCAGAGGGCUGUGUGACUGUCCAAAAUUUGUUUAAAUUGUAUAUAACUCUGUGACGAAUAUAAGCCCAAAAAUCGAAA